AUGGUGAACGACUUCGCCCUUUACUCCCAAUACAAAAAUCCCUUCCGAGAUCUUACUGCGCUGGUCAGCCAUUCUCCUGUUCUUACUAGCAGCAUCGCUGCUCUUGGAGCUCUUCAUUGCUCCCUUGUAUCAGAUUCGGACACAUCUGUUCUACCAUGGUCACCGGGCAAUCUAUCGAUGUCAGUGGAGGAAAUUGAAGAUAUUGUUGCACCGGCAGGUUCUCGAAAACCCACCUCCCAGGCAUAUCAUCAUUUCUUGGAGUACAAGCAGCGUGCCCUUCGCCAAUUAUCCAUGGAUCUUCAUAAUCCCGCGAUGCAGAAGGACGGCAGAACCUUAGCUGCGAUCGUCUUGCUUGCCUUCUUAGACAUAUUUGAGUCCGGCAGCGGGGCCUGGAGUUACCAUGUCGAGGGCGCGAAGAAGCUUCUCAGAGACCGACCUGAAAAUGGACCGGGACAAGGAAUUCUCGAUGACUUGGACGCUUUCGCUCUUGACGGGUGUUUGAUAAUGGAAAUCAUGGGAUCAACGCUAGCUCGCCCAGGUGCGCUCUCAAAGCCCUUCUACUCCUCCUCCAUGGGCCCAGAGAUCCUCAAACGUCUCGAAGAAAAUUCUUGGGUCGGUUGCCCCGCCUAUCUCCUAGAAGUGAUUUUCUUCAUCCACGCCCUCUGGUACCCAGACUCCGAAGUCGCUGCCAUAACUCACCAACCAACAGCACUGCCAACCCCAAUGCAGCACGGCCAGCCCCUGACCCUAGACUCAUUCGCCAAGCUCCUCCAAGGAAUCCGCAACUUUGAUCCAACAGCCUGGAGCCAAGCGAUGCAAAAAGUCUUCUUCAUCCCAAACCUAACCUACCGUCUCGCCCUCGCAACUUCCUAUCAAGACGCCGUCUACCUCUACACAAGCCGCGUCCUCUCACGCGCCAGAGAAGGCUUCUCACCCCCUUGGACCGACGUCGGUCUCCCGCUCGACCACAGACUCAUCGCCACAAAUCUCAUCACACAAAUCUGCCUUAUCCCCGAUUCAGACCCCCACUUCAAAUGCCUCAUCUGGCCCACAUUCAUCGCUGGAGCGGAAUGUCGUCCUUCGCAGCGGGGUCUUAUCCUUGAAAAGCUCGGCUCGCUAUAUGAGGCCCUAACAAGUGUUAAUGUCCGCAACGCUGCGUGGGUCCUGCGUCUCAUGUGGCAGAAACAGGAUCUCAAGCGUAGUGAGUGUCAGAAACUUUCAGAUGAGCAGGGCUGUGAUCAGAGUGAUUACGAUCUUGAGUUCGACUGGAUUGAGGAGCUGGACAACACGCGCCUCGACUGGCUGUUUAUUUAG